UCAUAUUACAAACCACUUCUUCCCUUUUAAAAAUAGAACAUUCCUCAUUUUUUGUUCAUCUGAUGUUUCCUCAUGAUUAGAUUCAGAUUACUCAUUCUCACUUGGAGUAUUUUGUGCAUGGUGAUGUGUCCUUCAUACAGUAUACAGUAUGACCUUUGGAGGCGCACAGUGUCCAUUUGUCCCUCACUGGUGAUGUUCAGUUUUGUCACCUGGUCAAGAUGUUAUCUGAUUUCUCAACUUUGUCAUUCUGUGUGUGUCUGUACGUGCGCCUGCAUGAACGUGACUAGUGAAUAGUUUGUAGGGAGACACUUAGAGAACAUACAUAUAUCCUGCUCCUCCCCCUCUAGACUUGUCAUCCAUUAUCAUCCAUUGAUGAUUCUUGUCUGAGCCAGUCUUGGCUGUGAUGUGACAAAACAAUGAUUUCCCAGCUCUUACCGCUCCCUCCACAUUUCCCAGUCUGACUUGGGCAUCGUACCAUUAUAAGCAAGAACGGCAGGAUCGUAUUUUGUUUUUUAACUCAUUAAUUGUUUUUUAUUCAAGUGUAGUUGACACAUGAAGAGUCAGUGGUAGUGGACAGAGUGGUGAAGAGACUGCUGACAACACUCCUAAACGAGGGGAGACUGAGGCCUGAGUGGCAAGGCAGCAGUGUGCGUACAUCUGUCAUUCCCGUCUUCUCUCAAGAGACAUUUAGUGAAUAUCUGUGUGGCUGCACAUUAGCCACGUGGGAUAGAAAGUCACAGUUUUGGUCCUUAAGGAGCUUAUAAUCAUUGAGGCUACAGAAGGGCAAAGAGUUAUGAUAAAAUAUGUGCCGUUUUUUAAAAAAAUGUUUAUUAUAUGAAUGAGUUUGGGGGCUUGGCUUUUCAGAAGGGUUGGUUUAUUUUAUUUUUUUCAUUUUUAAUUCUUUUAAUGUUUAUUUAUUUUGAGAGAGAGAGACCGACAGACAGACUGUGCUAGCAGGGGAGAGGCAGAGAGAGAGAAUCCCAGGCAAGCUGCACUCUGUCAGUGCAGAGCCUGAUGCAGACUUGAACUCACAAACCGUGAGAUCAUGACCUGAGCCAAAAUCAAGAGUCGACACUUAACUGACUUAACUGACUGAGCCACGCAGGCGCCCUUAAAAUAUGUGCUAUUAAGAGCUAUGCAUAAAAUAUAACUUUAAAUGCAAGGGCACUGCCUUAGAUGGCCUAGUGAAAUAGCUAAGAUUGUCUGUGCUUUACUCAUUGGUUCAUCCAUCAAACACUUACUGAGGACCUACUUUGUACCAGGACUGUGCUAAGGGCUGUGGGCAUAGAGAAGAAUAAAACUUGGUUUCUGUAUUUAGAAAUCACCCCUCUUUUGGGGAGGUGGGGCAUUGGCAAUAAAGCACGAUUAUGGCAAGUGCUGUGAUGGUGGCAUGUCCACAGUGUAGUCCUAGCAUAGAAGGGAGGAGUGAUCAUCUUCAUUUGGGGUAGUGGAUGGGACAGGGAGGUCAGGAAGGAUAUAUCAAAAGUGGGAAUUCUGGAGCUGGGUCAUAAAGGGUGAUUUGCUGUUUGUCUGCUUAAUUGUAGGUAUUCAUUUUAUUCUAACUUUGUGAUUACCAUUUACUGCCAGAUUUCCCUCCUCCCAAGAUUUAUGGCUUCUUGUCACAUACCAUUGUAGAAGUUUCCUUUAAAAUUUAUUCAUGAACAGGUUUCCCAUUCUUACCCUGUUGUCUUUUCCCAUGCUGCUUUGUUUGUAGUAGCUAAUCUCUUUAAAACCAUUCUCAGUAUUUUAGCCACAGUAGUUAGAGCCAUCUCCCAUUUGACAGGGGAGAAAAUCAAGGCUCAGACAAGAACAUGGAAGAGCUAGAGUUCAUCAUCUGCAACUAUUCCCAUUCUACAUUCAAAGCUUUUCCCACUAUCUCACUCUGCUUGUUGGAUUUAAAGUGCAGUUUUCCAGUUUCAUCUCUGCCUGUACGUUCACAAACCUGUAUACCUCCAGUUCAGUGGAUAGACUUUGAAGCUCUACAGCGGCGUCUUAGACACCUUCGGAACAUUGCUGCCCGGAAUAUUGUUAAUAGAAACGGCCAUCAGCUCCUUGACACCUACUUCACACUUCACUUGUGUAAUACCGAAAAGAUAUACAAAGAAUUUUAUAGAAGUGAAGUGAUUAAGAAUUCCUUGAAUCCAACGUGGCGGAGUCUUGAUUUUGGAAUAAUGCCAGACCGUCUUGAUACAUCUGUGUCUUGUUUCGUGGUGAAGAUAUGGGGUGGAAAGGAGGACAUCUACCAGCUUUUGAUUGAAUGGAAAGUCUGUUUGGAUGGGCUGAAAUACUUGGGUCAGCAGAUUCAUGCCCGCAACCAGAAUGAAAUAAUUUUUGGGCUGAACGAUGGCUACUAUGGUGCUCCAUUUGAACAUAAGGGAUAUUCAAAUGCUCAGAAGAAUAUUCUUCUUCAGGUGGAUCAGAACUGUGUUCGCAAUUCUUAUGAUGUCUUCUCUUUGCUGCGGCUUCAUAGAGCCCAGUGUGCAAUUAAACAGACUCAGGUAACUGUUCAGAAAAUUGGAAAGGAAAUUGAAGAAAAGCUAAGACUCACAUCUACAAGCAAUGAGUUGAGAAAACAAAGUGAGUGCUUGCAAUUAAAAAUUUUGGUGCUUCGAAAUGAACUGGAAAGACAGAAGAAAGCUUUGGGACGGGAGGUGGCAUUACUGCAUAAGCAACAAAUUGCAUUACAGGACAAAGGAAGUGCAUUUUCAGCUGAGCACCUCAAGCUUCAACUCCAGAAGGAAUCUCUGAAUGAAUUGAGGAAGGAGUGUACUGCGAAAAGAGAACUCUUUCUGAAGACUAAUGCUCAGUUGACAAUUCGUUGCAGGCAAUUACUAUCUGAGCUUUCCUACAUUUACCCUAUUGAUUUGAAUGAGCAUAAGGAUUACUUUGUAUGUGGUGUCAAGUUGCCCAAUUCUGAGGACUUCCAAGCAAAAGAUGAUGGAAGCAUUGCUGUUGCCCUUGGUUACACUGCACAUUUGGUCUCCAUGAUUUCCUUUUUCCUACAAGUGCCCCUGAGAUAUCCUAUAAUUCAUAAGGGAUCUAGAUCAACAAUCAAAGAUAAUAUCAAUGACAAACUGACUGAAAAGGAGAGAGAGUUUCCAUUAUAUCCAAAAGGAGGGGAGAAGUUACAGUUUGAUUAUGGUGUCUAUCUUCUGAACAAAAAUAUAGCUCAGCUAAGAUAUCAACAUGGACUAGGGACUCCAGACUUGAGGCAAACCCUCCCUAACCUGAAAAACUUCAUGGAGCAUGGACUAAUGGUCAGGUGCGAUAGACACCACACCUCCAGCGCAAUCCCUGUUCCAAAGAGACAAAGCUCCAUAUUUGGAGGUGCAGAUGUAGGCUUCUCUGGGGGGAUCCCUUCCCCAGACAAAGGACACCGAAAACGGGCCAGCUCAGAGAAUGAGAGACUCCAGUACAAAACCCCUCCUCCCAGUUACAACUCCGCGCUAGCCCAGCCAGUUACCGCCAUCCCUUCCGUAGGAGAAUCCGAGAGAAAGAUGACAUCUCUGUCCUCCUCCUUGGAUACCUCCUUGGACUUCUCCAAAGAAAGCAAGAAAAAAGGAGCUGACUUGGGUGACAGAUUAAGCGGAGGUCACGUGAGUGUGAACACUAGCCAAGAACAAGAAGGAGCGCUCUCUGGACUCCCAGCCGCCGUCAACGGUGCUCUCCUGCCCGGCGAGCAGGCUGGCUCCUCCGGCGUCCGGCUCCCGGGGGCAUUCCUCCCGGUCCCGGAGGCCGAGCUCUGCUGUACUGUGGAGCAAGCGGAAGAGAUCAUCGGGAUGGAAGCCACGGGUCUCACCUCGGGCGAUCAGCUAGAAGCCUUUAACUGCAUCCCGGUGGAUAGCGCCGUGGCAGUGGAGUGUGACGAACAAGUCCUGGGAGAAUUUGAAGAGUUCUCCCGAAGGAUCUAUGCACUGAACGAAAACGUGUCCAGCUUCCGCCGGCCACGCAGGAGCUCCGAUAAGUGAAGUGAGCAGCCAGCCAGUAGGACCAGGAUAGAGUCGCUGCCCGAAAUGAGGAUAAAGCUGCACUGGUUACCCCUUGUAAUAAUUAUGACACGAAAUGAAUAUUAAUGGAGGAUAUUCCUCGGGAAAACAGACUUUGUAAAUCACGGAGGGGCUCAGGAUCGUUGUGUAUCAGUGGGCCAGACAAAGUUAGAGUUUGCUUGCAAGGUUUGCUUUUCAGGCCUGACAACUGUUUUAAGGCAAAAUUCACUCUCUAGCUCGAGUCACCUUAAAGAUAUUUGUCUGCUUUUUAAUUUACACUUCUGUGUUAUCCUCAGAGGGAAGAUGAUAAUAUAUAAAUAAUAUGAUAAACUCACCUUUAGUUUCUCAUAAGCAUUUGCCCUCAACAUGGUUUAUAAAACUUUGGAAAACCGAAUAUUCAAAACAAAGGUUUUCACCAGUUAACUCAAAGACCUUUGACCAUCCGUUAGUUUGAUCAGUAAGAAGCACAAUGGUCUCCUUAUACCUAGGCCCAUCUGCCCCUGCUCCUGCCCCUGCCCCCAGUCAGCCUCUCUGCUGCCCCGUCUUCACAGCAGGUGGGUCGUGCACCCUGAAAACUGAGGACGGCAGAGUCACUGGUUCUCGAAUGCGGUAGCCAAGACCUUCCACCUCCUCAGAUCAGCCACGCCCUUAACGUAACCCUCCCAGGAGAGGGAAAAACUUCCCCUCUGGUAGAUCCCAGGGGACCCUCAAGGGCUCCCAAGGUUGCAACAGUCAGAUGACAUCCAGUGUCCUCUGGGGGCCAGAGUUUUUACGUGGGCAGACGCUGCAGUCAAAAACCAGGCAUGCUUUCUGGCAUUGCACUCACCAGACAGAAAUCCCCAUAUGUAAAUCCCAUGUUAAUUUAUUAAAUUUCAGUUGGAAAGGAAGGCGCUGUAUAUGAUGAAAUAUCCGUAGAGAGUCAGGCUGUCCAGUGUGCCGACAGCAAGGCUGUUGAGAUAGUUGGAUAAAGAGGCUUAGAUGAGGCAUAGAAUACUAUUGGUGUAUGUGCAGUUGCGUUCAUAUUAAAUUAUGUUCUUCAAAUCCAAUUUCAUCCCCGGAGCUCAGAUUUCAUUUGCUAUUGCCAUAUACUUUAUAUACCCAAGGACAUUGCCUCAGGGUUGCAAGCUCUUUAAGGAAAAUUUAUGCAUAUACCCAUGUAUUGUAUAGAAGAAUAAAAACUGAAUUUACUUCACUUGACCUGAUUUGUUCUUUCCAGUUCUGAAAUCCGUCUCGAACCUACAUCUCCAUCUUCCAUCACGACAGGACGAGCCUGGACAGAAACCGUGGCUGUACCUAAGCUAAUGUCGUUGACUCGAGCGUGUGCUGUUCCGCACAGCAGCGCAAACACCUUCACAGGUGUUCUCUCCAGGAACUGCAUUUGUCCGACGUAACAGCUUAACUCCUAGGUUUCAUGGUCAUUUUCAUAUAUUGUCCAAGCACUCCUGGGCUCAAGUUCUCAUUUACAGCCUUGUUGUCAUGCAGAAUGGUUCGUGUUGUUGUUUUCCAUAUGUAAAGAGAACUCACACAACCCACGCUUGACACGUGGACCCAACCUGCAAGCAAUUAAGAGCUUUAAGUUGAUCUGAAGAAAUCCAUCGUAUUUCACAUAAAGAGGUGGAACCACUCCAAACCUAAAGCAGAAGCACUCUAGAGUCACGGCUUCUUCGCAAUGUCCUGCCAUUCACGGUAGAGUCAAUGAGGGGGGAGAUAUCUGUGGUCUUACAUCACGCUGGGCUGUGUGGGGUCCUCCAAUGAAAUAGCACUUACCCCACCCAAAAGAAAAAGGUUCUGGAAGGAUUGUGUUAGUAUUGAACAGUGGAAGGUACAUCACAUGUGGCUUAAAGUCCACAUAUGCGGGUGGACUUUGAACUUCAUGCCAAACUUAAAGACAGUGCAUUGAGUUGUAGGCCCUCUGGCCUAGGUCCUGGCGCCCCCAGGCAGAGGGACCACAUGCAGAGCAGCCACAGGGGCAGUGUGUACCUCAGGUUCCACAGAGCCAGAGAGAGCUGGGGCUCUAAGACUCCCAUCUGCCAGUCUCCUAUUUGUGGACUCCCUGAUUCUGGGAUCCACAGCUUUGUGUGUGUGUGUGCGCGCACACACACACACACACACACACACACACACACCAGCAGCGUGGGGCCCUGCCACUGAAUGUGAUAUUAGGUAGCUCAGAACUGGUUUCCUACACUGGCUUGGUCCACACUGUGUUCGAUGAUGUUAUGCCUCAAAACACCACUUACGUUUGGGUUCGCUUGGUUUGGGUUUCAGGUUUCCAUGGAGUCUGUUCGAUGCCUACAGUUUCUGCCUUGACUUGGGGUAGAACCAACAGUAUUGCAUGUCUCCGGGAGGAGCUCUGUUUGACAUUUUCCAAAGCUGCAGAAUUAGUUUUGCCUCUGCUUGCAGUGGCCAAGGCCAAAAUAUGGGAUGAGUUAUUAUCUCCUACUAAUCUUUUU